AUGGCGGCCCCAGAGAACGAGGCACCGCUGCUCCUCGAUCUCACGAUUGAUAACAUCACGCCGAACACGAUACGCAUCAACAACCAGACCAAGAAUGACCGCCUCAAGUACAUCCUCGAGCGGCUUGUCACGCACUUGCACGACUUUGCGCGAGAGACGCGCCUCAGUACGGACGAGUGGAUGACGGGCAUCAUGUUCCUGAUUGCAACGGGGCAGAUCUGUAGUGAUGUUCGCAAUGAAUUCAUCCUCCUCUCCGACGUGCUCGGGCUCUCCCUGCUCGUGGACAACAUCAACCACCCCAAGCCGCCCGACUGCACCGAGGGCUCGGUGCUGGGGCCGUUCCACACGCACGACGCGCCGACGCUGCCCAGCGGCGCGAGCAUGUCGUCGGACCCGGCGGGCGAGGCGAUGCUGGCGCUGUGCACGGUGCGCGACCCGGCGGGCCAGCCCGUGGCGGGCGUGACCGUCGACAUCUGGGAGACGGACAGCUCGGGCCACUACGACGUGCAGCACUCGGAGCGCGGCGAGCCCAGCGAGCGCUGCGUCAUGGUCACGGACGAGCGGGGCCGCUUCUGCUUCAAGGGCAUCAAGCCGGUGAGCUACCCGAUCCCGCACGACGGGCCGGUGGGCAAGCUGCUGGCUCUGUUGGGCCGGCAUUGUUGGAGGCCGGCGCAUGUGCAUUUCAUGUUUGGCAAGGAGGGGUGGGAUAAGCUCAUAACUGCUUUGUAUCUCCGGGGAGACCCCUACGAGACGUCAGACGCGGUGUUUGGCGUGAAGAAAAGCCUGGUGAUCGAUCUCGACAAGGUCGACAAGGCUCUCGCCGAGGAGCAUGAUAUCCCGGAGGGCAGCUGGCUGCUGAAGCAUGACUUCGUGCUUGUAUCCGAGGAGGAGACGUCCAGACUCAGAGACCAGAAUGCCAUGAAUGCUCUGACGAAGUUGGGUCUGAGGAUGAAGAUGGUGGACCAUCUGCCGGUCCCAGAGCUUGACUGA